AUGACCUGCAUAAACUCAUCAGAUACACGUGAAACUCAACGAGGCGCUCUACUUGAAAGGUCAAACAUUGAACUAAAGGAUAAACAACGGCGACGCAAUAUUACUCUUGUAUCUACUUUAUUCACAUGCAUAGUAAUGGUUGUUGCUAUCACGAUAGUGUGUUUAAAUACAUCACAUAUAGAUAAUUCAUGCGAAUCAAAAUUUAAAUCAGUCAUAAGUAAUAAUUCAUUUCAACAAAAUUCACAUCCACGUUCGAUAACUAUUGGUGAUCUCAAUAAUGAUCUAUGGUUGGAUAUUGUUGUUAGCAAUUCAGGAACGAAUACUAUUGGUAUAUUUCUUAAUUAUGGCAAUGGAACUUUUGAACAACAAAUGACAUUUCCAACAGGAGAUAAUUCUAUGCCACUUUCCGUCACUUUAGCUGAUUUCAACAACGAUACUUACUUAGAUAUUGCUGUUACCAAUUAUAAUACUCACAAUAUAGGUAUAUUUCUCAAUUACAAUAAUGGAUCUUUUCGGAAUCAAAUAACAUUCUCUACUGGUGUUUCUCGUCCAGUAUCGAUCGCUACUGGUGACUUAAAUAACGAUCAGUGCUUAGAUAUUGUUGUAGCUAAUAAUGGUACUAAUGAUAUAAGUUUAUAUUUCGGNUUCAACAACGAUACUUACUUAGAUAUUGCUGUUACCAAUUAUAAUACUCACAAUAUAGGUAUAUUUCUCAAUUACAAUAAUGGAUCUUUUCGGAAUCAAAUAACAUUCUCUACUGGUGUUUCUCGUCCAGUAUCGAUCGCUACUGGUGACUUAAAUAACGACCAGUGCUUAGAUAUUGUUGUAGCUAAUAAUGGUACUAAUGAUAUAAGUUUAUAUUUCGGAUAUGGAAAUGGAACUUUUAGACAUCACAUAACAUAUGCUACUGGUUAUGAUUCAUUUCCUUACUCUGUAGUCGUGGUUGAUUUAAACAAUGAUCAUUAUUUAGAUAUUGUCAUAGCUAACUAUGGUACUGAUAACAUAGGCAUAUUUCUUGGCUAUGGAGAUGGUAAUUUUACCACGCAAAUAACUUACUCAACCGGUCCACGAUCUAAUCCUUAUUCAAUCGCUAUUCAUGACGUUAACAAUGACAAAUAUUUAGAUAUUGUUGUGGGCAAUUCUGGAACGAACAAUGUUGGUGUAUUCCUUGGUUAUGGAAAUGGAAGUUUCGCAUUACAAACAUCGUAUUCGAUAUAUCCAUCAUUUUCUCCACAUAUGAUUAUUGUUGGCGAUUUCGAUGAAGAUACACAAUUGGAUAUCGCUGUUUCGAAUUAUAUAGACAGUAUAGCUGUGCUUAAGGGAUAUGGAAAUGGAAAUUUUUCCAUACCUACAAUACACUCAACUGGCAAUAACUCAGGCCCAUUUGGAAUGGCUGCUGGUGAUUUCAACAAUGACAAUCAAACGAAUAUAGCUAUUGCUAAUUUUCUUGUAAAUAAUAUACUUAUACUUAUCGGAUAUGGGAUGAUACCAGCAACAAGUCCAAAAACAUAUUCAACUGGAAAUAAUUCACUUCCUGUUCAAAUCGUUAGUGGAGAUUUUAAUAAUGACACUUAUCUCGAUCUGGUAACUGUCAACUCGGGUACUAGCAGUAUCAGUAUACUUCUUGGAUAUGGAAAUGGAAGUUUUCACGAAUAUGUAUCAUAUUCUGGUGGAUAUCGUGGCACUCCGUAUGCUCUUACCACCAGUGAUAUAGAUAACGAUGGGCGACUAGAUAUUCUUGUUGGUAAUUCAAAAUACGAAACGCUUGGAAUUCUAUAUGGAUAUGGCAAUGGAACUUUUGAGACAGUAGUCGCAUUAUUUACUGGAGAUUUAUCAGCGCUUAGGUGUGUUCUUGUGGAGAAUUUCAAUAAUGAUGAUUAUCUUGACAUUGCUGUUGCCGAUUAUGGUAGUAGUCAUAUAAGUAUUUUUCUAGCCUAUGGAAAUCGAACUUUCGGAAAUGUAACCAGAUAUUCAUCCGUAGAUGCUUCGCGUACAUUUAGUCUAGCUUGUGGAGAUCUCAAUCAUGAUGGAUAUAAAGAUAUUGCUGCUGCAAAUUACGCUAGUGAUAAUAUAAUUAUUCGUUGGGGAUCAAUCGAUGGUACAUUUACAUAUUCAACUACUUAUUCAACGGGAAUAGGAUCUGUUCCAUAUAUGCUUACAGUUAUUGAUAUAAAUAACGAUAAUUACUUAGAUAUUAUCGUCGUUAAUUCUGGUACUAACAAUAUAGGUAUAUUUUUUGGAUUCGCCAAUGGUAGUUUCAGCACUCAACAAAUACAUCCAACAGGCUCAUAUUCUGCUCCAUAUUGGGUGUAUGUUGCCGAUUUUAAUAAUGAUGAUAUUCUGGAUCUUGCUGUUGCAAAUUCUAAUGCACAGAGUGUAGUUAUAUUGCUUGCAAAUGAACAAGGAAAUUUUGGUAGUCAAACAACGUGUUCAACUGGUAUCAAUUCACAACCAUGUGCAAUUCUUGCUGGUGAUUUUAAUAAAGAUAAUAUAUUAGAUAUUGCGGUAGCUAAUUUUGGCACUAGUGAUGUNUAUGUUGCCGAUUUUAAUAAUGAUGAUAUUCUGGAUCUUGCUGUUGCAAAUUCUAAUGCACAGAGUGUAAUUAUAUUGCUUGCAAAUGAACAAGGAAAUUUUGGUAGUCAAACAACGUGUUCAACUGGUAUCAAUUCACAACCAUGUGCAAUUCUUGCUGGUGAUUUUAAUAAAGAUAAUAUAUUAGAUAUUGCGGUAGCUAAUUUUGGCACUAGUGAUGUUGGUAUAUUACUUGGGCAUCCUACUAAAUAUUCCACGAAUUCUACAUUUACAAAUGGGAUCACUAAUCCCGUGCCUAUAUUAUUAGGAGACUAUUACGUGGGUUUUCGCAAUCAAAAGAUCUAUUUAACUGGCUCUAGUUCUCAACCAUAUGCGAUUGACAUUGGUUAUUUUAAUAAUGAUACCCAAAUCGAUAUGAUCGUUGCUAAUUCAGGAAAUCAAAAUGUUGGACUAUUGCUUGGAUAUGGUAACGGAAGUUUUGCCACUGAAAUAGUCUAUCCAAUUGGUACUGGUUCCAAUCCAGAAGUUGUUAUUGUUGAGGAUUUCAAUAAAGAUAAUCGAUCGGAUGUUGCUAUUACCAAUUCAAAUGAUGACAGUAUUAUUAUACUUUUAGGCAAUGACAAUGUCAAUUUCACAAAACUAACAUAUUCUACUGGUCAGGCAUCGAAUCCAAGCGCUUUUGCAACUAGUGAUUUGAAUGAAGAUGCAUAUAUCGAUCUUAUUGUUGCAAAUCAAGGAACCGAUUCCAUCGGUAUAUUCUUUGGGUUUGAUUACAUAUCUUUUACAAAACAAAAACCAUAUGAAACUGGAGAUGCUACAGGUCCAUAUGCGAUAGUCGUUCAUGAUUUCAACAAUGAUGAUUACUUAGAUAUUAUGUGUGGACUUUAUAAUACGAAUAAUGUCGGUGUUUUUCUAGGAUAUGGUAACGGUACUUUUGGACCAAUGACAACAUAUGGAUACGUACCUGCUGGACGUCCUUGGUCAAUUGCUGUUGGUGAUUUGAAUAGAGACGGUCAAUUAGAUGUUGCAGUAGCAAAUUGGGGUGCUAAUUGUGUUAGUGUCAUGUUUGGAUAUGGAAAUGGAAGUUUUGCAGAGCCUGUCUUGUAUUCAACUGGUAGUCGACCAUUAUCAGUUGCCAUAGGUGAUUUUAACAAUGAUAAAUAUCUGGAUAUUACCGUGGCAAACUAUGGUUCAAAUAAUAUCGAUGUACUUUUUGGAAAUGAAAAUGGAACAUUUCGAAAAUUAACAACACUUUCAACCGGGGCAGGUUCUCGUCCGUAUUCGGUUAAUAUUGUCGAUAUCAAUAAUGAUACUCAAUUAGAUAUAAUAAGCGCUUGUGGAGGACUUGAUAGUGUUAGUGUGUUUCUUGGAUACGGUAAUGGUAGUUUUACAGAACAAAUAACUUCUUUUGUUGGUCUUGGUUCUUAUCCAUGGUAUGCCGUCACUGGUGACUUCAACAAAGAUGGACAAUUAGAUGUUGCUAGCGCAAACUACGGUAGAGGUGAUAUCGGUGUAGCCUAUGGAUACGGGAAUGGUAGUUUUGGAAAUUUGCAAACAUAUUCCACAGGUAUUGGCUCUAAUCCAACACAUGUGCAGAUCAGUGACUUUAAUAGUGAUAGUUGGUUGGAUAUUAUUACUACUGAUGAAAAUAGGAAUAGUGUAGGCAUCUUCUAUGGUUAUAGUGAUGGAACAUUUGCCAGUAUGUCGAUAGUACCCAAUGAAGAACUUUCUCGUGUAUAUGGUGUUGCAAUUGGUGAUUUUAACAACGAUAAAAAGUUGGAUUUCACUAUCACAAAUAAUGCUAAUCAAGAUAUGAUCGUAUUUCUUGCAUCGGGUGCUGAGCCUUUUGGAGGACAAACAACAUUCGCCGUUGGUGAAGGCUCUCAUCCUUCUUCGGUAGUGAUUGGUCAUUUUAACAAUGACAGUCAACUCGAUAUUGCUUUAACCAAUUCUGGGACCAACAGUAUAGGUGUAAUGCUUGGAUAUGGUAACAGAAUGUUUUCAAAUGUUAAAAUAUAUCCGAUUGAUAAUUUUUACCCAUUGUCAUUAGCUAUCGGCGAUUUUAAUGAUGAUUCUGUGACAGAUAUUGUCGUUGUCAAUCCAGACAAUGAUAAUAUUGUCAUACUUAUUGGAUAUGGUGAUGGAAGUUUUUUUACUUUGAUAACUUAUUCGACGGGGCCUAGUUCUCAUCCAAUAUCAGUCGCUGUAGGUGACUUUAAUAGAGAUGAACAACUAGAUCUUGUAGUGGCAAAUUUUGGUACAAACAAUGUAUGUAUACUCAAUGGUUUAGGUAAUGGAACUUUUACUAAUCAAACGUGGUUUCCAAUGGAAUAUGAUUCUCGACCACGAUGGAUUGUCUUUAAGGAUUUGAAUGAUGAUAGUUGGAGUGAUAUAAUCGUCACAACCUAUGGUACAAACAAUAUAAAAGUUCUUUUGAAUCUCUGUUAA